AUGAGCGCGCUCCAGGCCUCCCUCCUCCUCCGCCCGCUCCCCUCGCCACUGCCCCCGCGCCGCCGGCUUUCGCUCCCCUCCGCCUCCGCCUCUUUCCCCCGCGGCGCCCACACGCACCGCCGUGCCCCGCUUCGCCUCCGCGCAUUGGUCCCCGGCGCGCCGGAGCCCGACGCCCCCGAGCCGCCCGCGGCUGCGUCCUCGGCCGCGACGGCGGCGGCGGAGGCUGAGCCCGAGCCGGAGCCGGAGCCGGAGCCGGAGCCGGAGGCGGCGGCAGAGGCCACGACGGCGGCGCAGCCCGCCGCGAUGAGCGGGAAGGAGGAGCUGGAGGACCUGGUGGAUAAGGCUAGGGCCUGGGCCAUGGCGGUCGCGGCUGCGGUGGUGGCCGCGGUCAGGAGGUUCGUCGACUGGCUGGCGUCGAGGGACUGGAUGAGCUGGUGGCCCUUCUGGAGGCCCGACCGCCGGCUGCAGCAGCUGAUCGACGAGGCGGACGCCAACCCCAACGACGCCGCCAAGCAGAGCGUGCUCCUCCACGAGCUCAACAAGUUCAGCCCUGAAGAUGUUAUUAAAAGGUUUGAGCAGCGAAGCCAUGCUGUGGAUAGCAGGGGGGCCGCAGAGUACCUGCGGGCUCUUAUUCUCACUAACAAUAUAUCUGACUACCUUCCAGAUGAACAAUCUGGGAGGUCUGCAAGUCUGCCAGCCCUGUUGCAAGAGUUGAAGCAACGUGUAUCUGGGAAUGAGGACAAACCUUUCAUGAACCCGGGGAUAUCAGAAAAGCAACCUUUACAUGUUGUAAUGGUUGACCCCAAAUCUACAGGUAGAUCAACACGUUUUGCUCAAGAAAUCUUCUCAACAAUCUUGUUUACAAUUGCUGUCGGUGUAAUGUGGGUGAUGGGUGCUGCUGCACUUCAAAAGUAUAUUGGGAGCUUAGGUGGAAUUGGGGCAUCUGGUGUUGGUUCUAGCUCAUCAUAUUCUACAAAAGAGAUUAAUAAGGAUAUCAUGCCAGAGAAGAAUGUCAAGACAUUUAAAGAUGUCAAAGGUUGUGAUGAUGCAAAAAAGGAACUUGAGGAGGUAGUUGAGUAUCUCAAAAACCCUUCAAAGUUCACUCGCCUUGGUGGAAAGCUACCUAAGGGCAUACUUUUGACUGGUGCUCCAGGAACUGGGAAAACUCUACUAGCAAAGGCCAUUGCUGGAGAAGCUGGCGUACCAUUCUUUUACCGAGCAGGUUCUGAAUUUGAGGAAAUGUUUGUUGGUGUUGGUGCUCGGAGAGUGAGGUCAUUAUUUCAAGCUGCAAAGAAGAAGGCGCCAUGCAUUGUCUUCAUUGAUGAAAUAGAUGCUGUGGGUUCAACUAGAAAACAGUGGGAAGGGCACACAAAGAAGACAUUGCAUCAACUUCUUGUUGAGAUGGACGGGUUUGAACAAAAUGAGGGAAUAAUUGUGAUGGCUGCAACAAACUUGCCAGAUAUUCUUGAUCCUGCACUCACAAGACCUGGUAGAUUUGAUAGGCAUAUUGUUGUCCCAAGUCCAGAUGUGCGGGGUCGCCAAGAGAUUCUGGAGCUCUAUUUGCAAGAUAAGCCAGUGGCAAAUGAUGUAGAUAUCAAUGCAAUUGCCCGUGGUACACCUGGCUUUAAUGGGGCUGACCUAGCCAACCUUGUAAACAUUGCAGCGAUAAAGGCUGCAGUCGAAGGUGCUGACAAGUUGACUGCUACUCAGUUAGAGUUUGCCAAAGAUCGUAUUAUCAUGGGAACUGAGAGGAAAUCAAUGUUCAUAUCUGAUGAAUCAAGAAAGCUUACUGCGUACCAUGAAAGUGGACAUGCUAUUGUUGCACUCAACACCCAGGGUGCUCACCCCAUACACAAGGCAACUAUCCUUCCUCGUGGGUCUGCCCUCGGAAUGGUCACACAACUCCCCUCACAGGAUGAGACUUCUAUUAGCAAGAAACAACUACUUGCACGUCUUGAUGUUUGCAUGGGUGGGAGGGUUGCUGAAGAGCUGAUCUUUGGGGAAGACAAUGUUACAACUGGGGCAAGAAAUGACCUUCACACUGCAACAGAGCUUGCCCAGUACAUGGUAUCAAACUGUGGGAUGAGUGAAGCUAUCGGUCCUGUGCAUGUGAAAGAGCGACCAAGUGUAGAUAUGCAAUCAAGGAUAGAUGCCGAGGUGGUGAAGCUCCUAAGAGAAGCUUAUGGGCGGGUCAAGCGAUUGCUUAAGAAGCAUGAGAAGCAAUUACAUGCUUUGGCAAAUGCGCUGCUGGAGCGUGAAACACUUACUACAGAUGAGAUCAACAAAGUAGUAAACCCCUACCAAGAAGAACCCCAGUUUUCCUUCCAAGACGAGGAGUUUGCCCUCACUUAA